UCUGAAGAAGGGUUUCGGCCCGAAACGUCGCCUAUUUCCUUCGCUCCAUAGAUGCUGCCGCACCCGCUGAGUUCCUCCAGCAAUUUUGUGUACCUUCGUUUAUUAGUAUAGCGAUUAUAAUUAAACGCAGAAGAUUAGGCAGAAAGAGAUGCUACCGGACCUGCUGCAUACGCAUUGAGAAACAUUGGAAAUGGAUUACAUUGUGCAGUUUCUCAACUGGAUCUAUGGUGGAAUUGAAGCAGUAUUUUGUGCAGCAGAUUUUAUGCUGUUUUAUUUUGUUGUGAUUUCAGUUACUGGAUUAGUUAUAAGUUACAUUUAUACAAAACUCUUGCCCAAAGAUGGAUUAACGCCUGAAGAAGACACCACAUCUAAUAGGAAGCUCAGUGCAAGUGGAGAAACAUCGGAAAUAAAGGAACCAGUCACCAUUGGCACACGGACUGAAAACAGCAGGAAAAUAUUACAAAGUGGAGAUGACAAGGAUGUGUCCAAGAACUCGGUUGUUCUGCUGCAACACAUUAAAGGAGUAGAAAAACCUGAAACUUUAGUUGAAUAUAAAAGCGACGAAGAUAUUUCUUCAAUGAUGGCCCCAAAAUCUGUGGAUUUUCUUGAUAUCUACACUAGCAUGAAUGACAGUUGCUGUACUGAUGAUAUGAGCAGCAAAUUGCAAUUGGCCAGUACUGAGGAAGAAGACCUGUACUGUGGUGUGGAGGACAUUAAGGAAAGUCAUCUGAGGAGUUCAGAUUCAGGCAGUGGUUUAAGAAGUGACCAUAUCUUACAUAAUGAAAUUGAACAUAAUUUGACCAAAGUGGAGGUUGAAAAGGCUAUAAGUUUGACGAAUGAUAAUUAUCAUCAGUUACGGACGAUUGUGUGUCAGGCACUGGAGAAAGGCAAGCCACUCCCUUCUUGGAUAAUGACCGAGGAAGCUUCACAGAUUCCCAAAAAAUUAUCCGGGGAAGGCUACAGCUGGAUUAAUCAGUGGUGUGUUGAACAGAAACUUUGUGGAAAUUCCAUUGAACAACUGCAAGUUUGUCUGGAAACGCUUCAGAAGAAGUGGGCAUUAAUAUGUUCCAUACCAAGCGAGAGUGGAAGAGCAAACGAAUGCAAGAAACUGGUUGAGGAUCAAGUGACUGAGCAAAAAGUGUAUGAAGGCAUAAAGUUUCUAAUGCUAUACAAGGCUAUUCAUCUUCACAAUACCAUGGAAAAUGGAAGAACUGUUCCUGAAUUUUGUAAACAUUUGUUUGCAAGGAGUACCUCGCUUUACCCAUAUUAUCUAAUGAUAAACCAUCUAAAUUUGAUUGGCCACACCAGAUGUUUUGAAGAGGCUGAGAGAGAGCUCCUGUAUCACACUUUGGAAAUUGCUAUGACUGACCGCGUUGUUUUGGAGUAACUGGAUCACUGGCAUUCUCAAGUAAUGAAAAUCGACAUGUAUCCACUGAAUAAAAUCAAAUUGUAACAGCAUACAAUGUAACAGCUUACAAAGGAUAGCUGACAUUCCUACAACUGCUGGAUUCAAGUCGAGUCACUUCAAGUUUACUGUUAUAUGCACAAGUAUGGUGAGGUAUAGGUGUAAUACGAAUCUUGCUUGCAGCAACAUCGCAGGCAGUCAGACAACAUACAUUAUAUGAUUUGUAUGAACAUUAUACAUGAAUAACAUCCAAAUUCAGCAAGACCAAAAAAGAUUGUAAAAAUAUGCAAUUAGAAAAAAUGCCAUGGUAGUCCAAAAGGAGUCCGUAGAUUCUAGGAAAUAGAAGGAACUGCAGAUGCUGGUUAACAAACAAAGUCAACGUGCUGGAGUAUCUCAGCAGGUCAGGCAGCAUCUCUAAAGAAUGUGGAUAGGUGACGUUUUGGGUGAGGACCCAAGAAAUAGAUACGUCCAGAUGGGGCCUCCUCUAUUGCUAGAGUGAGGCCGCACGCAAAUUGGAGGAACAGUGCCUCAUAUUCUUCUUGGGUAGCUUUCAACCCAAUAGUAUGAACAUUGAAUUUUCCAAUGUUAGGUAACUAACCUACAAAAACCUUCCCUGUGCCCCAUCUGGACUUGCACCUACUUCUCCCCGUCCACCUACAUAUAUAUGUUCUUUUGGCUUCACAAUUUAUACCGCUUCUACCCUUAUCUCACAGCUUUGCCUUUUCAUCUCUGGCAUUUGUCCAACUAUCUGCCUAUCAAAAAAAAAACCCUCGUCUGUAUCCAUAUCAGUCACCAGGCGUUGUCCUGCCCCUCCUCUAUUCCAGCCUUCUUCCCCCUCACAUCACCACACAAUCAGUCUGAACAAGGGUCCCAUCUCAAAACAUUACCCAUCCACAUUCUCCAGAGAUGGUGCCUGACCUGCUGAGUUACUCCAGCACUUUGUCUUUUCUAUAAAUUAUGUUCAUUUCAAAUGGCUAGAAAAUAAAGUAUUAAACUGA